UCAUGUUCAAAUUGUAUACAUUGCAGACUAAACAAAAAUGAAAAUCGACGGAAUUUUGGUUUAGUUUUCGUUUUUAUCAUUUAAUUCGCAUCUGAGAAUCGUCGCAUGCGCUAUCGUGCAAUAACGUUUGCGAUAGCAUUUUCGCUUUUUCGAGUUUUUCGGAUCAGACGCUCUUUUGUUAGUUAACCGUGGUGGUUGAUGUUCCCAGCCUUCGCCGAUUUUGCGUACGCAAUAAAGAAAAGUUUUCACUUAACAAUUAAUUAUCGAGUAGCUGUCGAAAAGUUUUUCAUUAAUUUUGCCGGUGAUAAUGAAAUUGUGGCAACAUCUGGGGGAAACAAGAAAGGGAUAAUGGAAAGAAACAUUUUGAUUUCGAACGAGAUGUUAGAACAAAUUGGGCUUCAUACAUUGGCUGUCCGAUGAAAGAAGUCAUCAUGGCAUCAUUUGAAGAAAAAGUAUAAUCAUGAAUUCGUCGAUACCAUUCAACUACUCCCUUGAGGUGACAAAUGUCACCAUUCCUUACGUUUACUGUAAUCUAACCGAAUUCUCAAAGAGUUACAGGAAGGUUCACGGUUAUCUCAGUCUUUUUGUAUGCGUAUUCGGUUCCGUCACCAAUAUCCUCAAUGUCUUCGUCCUUACCAGAAAAGAGAUGAAUUCUCUGACCAACUCAAUCUUAACAGGCCUUGCGGUGGCCGAUCUCCUGGUUAUGUUCGAAUACAUUCCGUUUGCCUCCCAUUUCUAUUUGGACUCCACGGCUCGUCUGACACCAUCGUAUUUUUCUUACAGCUGGGCGGUCUUCACCAUCUUUCACGCACUUUUCACACAAAUUGGACACUUUAUUUCGAUGUGUCUCACUGUCAUCCUUGCCAUUUGGAGAUACAUCAUUAUCACAAAACCUCAAACGAGUGGCAACGUUUGCAGCUCGAAGAGGACGAACCUAAUAAUUUUCAUGACAUAUGUCCUUUGUCCUUUCGUGUGUUCUCCUCUGAUCGUGUCUCAUCAGAUUAUGGAAAAAAUGAAAUACGUUGGCGACAAUGGACUGCUGAUACCCGACGCUCAGCUGUCGAAAUAUAACGGUUCGAAAUACAACGUCACCCUCUACGUUGUCAGUAUCGGACAUAUGAAAGAAGCGAGUUUUUGGGUGUAUGGUGUUAUAAUAAAAUUGGUUCCGUGCAUACUCCUGACUAUUUUGUCAGAACGAAUCAUAGCCACUUUGCUCAGAACGAAAAAGAGGAGAAAUAGGCUAUUGAACAAGAGAUGUCUGCCUCAGAUUGUCGUCGAUGGGAAAGUGGAGAAGAAAGUAAAUAAUAAAGAACAGCAAGCUGAUCGCACCACUGUUAUGUUGCUGGCGGUUUUGUUUUUGUUCUUGCUAACAGAGUUUCCUCAGGCUAUACUUGGACUGCUUAGUGUACUUCUUGAACCUUCUUUUCAAAACCAGUGCUACCAUCCUUUAGGGGAUAUUAUGGAUAUACUGGCAUUAACAAAUUCGUCAAUAAAUUUUGUAUUGUAUUGUACAAUGUCCAGACAGUUUCGCAAUGCUUUUGGAGAGAAUCUGAGACCGAAAAUUUUUAAGUACUUCAGUAGAAAUAAAAAAAAUUCUCCGAAUCAUUGCAGCAGAGAAGGACAAUUCACCCAAGUUACUCAAGUUUAAGUUUAUAGUAUAUUAUUUAUUUUUGUAAAAUAAAUUGUUUCAUUAAUUACAUUUUCUUUAUUCGCUCCG